AUGUCUGGAACUCGUAGCGGUUAUUGUCAGAACUUGGCCUGGUUCAUGCUGAAGAUGGCUCUAUAUGGAUCCUGGAUACUGGGAUUGUUUCCCUUCACCAAGUUUGAAUCUAAAGAGCCAGGUAGCCUUGACUCUUUUCAACGUAAUCCGAUGCUUGCGCGAUUACACCAACAAUUCGGAGUCAUCACGAUUUUCUGCGCGAUCUUUACGCACUUUAUGAACCUUUGGGGAAGCAAGAAAGUUCAGGAGAUUGCCAAUGAACUUUUAAUACUGGAGUAUCGGGACUUUCAUGGACUCAAUAUUAACAACUCACCCAAAUUUUACAGUUGUGUGAUUCAAAAGAUUUUAACAAUGAUAGAACUCGUUGACCUGGCGUCCAAUAUUCGCCUAAAUCCCACCGCAAAAUCCUCAAGAAUUCGCGAACUGGCUGCCUUGUACAAUCGUCUCUUGAAGUUAAAUAAGAAAGUGGUAAAAGCCUUCGACUUGCAGUUGAACCUUAUAUUAGCGGAGUACUUAACUUACAACAUUGUGAUACUGUAUUUCCUUAUUGUGCUAGGAAUUAGCCAGAACAAACAAAGUUUCUAUUUUGUGGCUAUCCCACAAGUAGCCCUUAAUUUAUGGGAUUUUUGGUUAAAUAUAGUCGUCUGCGAUAUCACCGAAAAGGCUGGUGGAAAAACGUUAGCCAUUCUGAAACUAUUUAAUGAUCUUGAACACAAAGAUGUCGAACUAGAGAGAAGUUUGGACCAAACAAUUUAUACGGAAAUGUUUCGACCUCGUCGCGGUUUUUGUCAGAACUUGGCGUGGUUUAUGCUAAAGACAGAUCUCUAUAUAUCCUGGCUACUGGGAUUGUUUCCCUUUACUUUUGAUUCGCGAAUAAAACAACUGAGGCGGUCACGAUGGCUUCUUCUUUAUGGAAUAAUUGGGCAUUUUUCCCUGCUGUAUCUAAUUUUUCUCCGCAAGUUUCAAUCCGAAGAGCGAAGUAACCUGAAUGCUUUUAUGCGAAAUCCGUUGCUGGGGCAAAUUCACCAACAAUUUGAAUUCAUCACGAUUCUCUGCGCGAUUAUUACGCACCUUAUGAACUUUUGGGGAAGCAACAAAGUUCAGGAUAUUGCCAAUGAACUUAUAACACUGCAGUAUCAGGAUUUUGACAGUCUGAAGAUAAAGAACUAUCCCAAAUUUGACUGCUGUGUGAUACAAAAGUCUUUGGCUGCGUUAUUUCAAAGUGUAAUUCUAUUUACUUUCGCUUUAACGCAAGGAAAUGGAUUCUGGAAGAUCUUGGAGGUCCUUCGCUGCCUUCCACUUCUGGACCUUCAUUUAAUUAUAAUAGGCGUUCACACUGAAACCCUUUUAAUAUAUCGCCAUGUGAUGUUUAUUAACGGGGAACUUGUGGACCUGGCUUACAAUAUACAACUAGAUUCCACCACAAAGUCUUCAAGAAUUCGCGAACUCGCCGCCUUGUACUACCGCCUCCUAAAGUUACAUAAAAAAGUGGUAAAAGCCUACGACUUCCAGUUGACCCUUAUUUUUUCGAUAUACUUAACUUACAACAUUGUGUUAAUCUUUUUCCUUAUUGUGCUCGGAGUUAGUUUGAACCAGCAGUAUAUAUACUUUGUGGCUGUCCCACAGAUUAUCCUAAAUGUGUGGGAUUUUUGGUUAAAUAUUGUCGUGUGCGAUAUAACCGAAAAGGCUGGCAGAAAAACUAUAAAAAUCUUGAAAUAUUUUACUGAUCUCCAGGAUAAUGAUGUCGAACUGGAAAGAAGUGUGAAUGAAUUUGCGUGGUUGUGCAGUCACCGCAAAUUUCGGUUUCAGCUGUGUGGCCUCUUUUCGAUUAAUUACAAUAUGGGUUUUCAUAUGAUCAUUACUAGUUGUCUUUACCUAGUUUAUUUGGUUCAGUUCGAUUAUAUGAAUUUGUGA